ACAAAAUCUCAAAUUUUGAUGCGUCUUGAGAAAAUGGUGGAGGAGUCCGAUAUUAUGCAUGAGGGGGCCAUUCGUACUAUAAAUUUUGAUGAAGGUGUUUUCGGAGCUGCUCAUUUCGAAAUAAUUGGAAAGGAGGACUUCCAACAACUUUUUGAACACACCGAAUUGGGCAUCGCUGUCAUUCAUACAUACAUAUGGUAUAUGUAUGUAACAUUGAUGCGGGGAACUGAAUUGUGUAACCGUUUCAAGUUUAUUGCUGCUUCCCGUUUCAAUGCAACGUUAAUAACGAAUAAUCCAACAUCCGUAAAGAAUGAUCUAGUCGAGAGAUUCAUGGCGGCCGAUGAUAAUACACCCAAUUUGUAUUUUAUACCGUUUAAUUCUGGCAACGGCAUGCGCUUUACAGGUUACAGGUUACCAAUAUGA